GGCUUUUACAAUUACCAUAGGUUAUAUACUAUUUAUGAGAAAUAAUCUACAUCUAAAGAAAAUCGACAAGGCGUAAAGCAGUUCUCAUAGACGAAGAGAAAUUAAGACAAUAAGGAUUGCAAUGAAGCUAGUGUUGAUAUCGUUUUGCGUGACGUUGGUAGUGGCGGGUCCCACGAAGCAGUCCCACGUCCUGGACAAGAAACAAGUUGACCAACUUAUCGAGGGAUUAGAUUUUGAUUAUAUCAAACAGGAUCCGGGAUAUUCGGCCGAAUAUGCCGAAGCACCUGUGCCCUUGGCUCAACCAAGACCAAAAACUGGUUUCAGCGUGGGUGGUGGAUUGGUGAGCAUUGCUCAGGGUGCAGCCAAUGCUGCUCACAAUUCAGUUGUGAAUCAACCUUCGGCUGCUGGACAAGCUGCCUACGUUGCCAAGAACACAUUGGCUCAAGCUGCCGCUCAAUCAGCCGCAACUGCAGCCGCUGCUCUCGCGGGAAAGCAAAUUAUCCUCAUGGGCCUCGAGCAACAGUCCUACAAUGCUCAUCAGGCUGUCAAUUCGGAAAAAACACAAUUGCAACAGGCCCAACGUUCUGCCACUGCUGCUCAAAAUUCCGCUCAACAGGCUAUGCAUCAGGUACAAAUAAUAACAACAGCUUUGAAUGCCGCUCAAGUGACAUCGGAACACGCGGCUCAGGCUUCCGCCGAAGCCGCUGCCGAAUUAGCGGCGCAAACAACAAUGCUCGGUCAGGCCAAGGCCAGCGCUCGAGCGAUCGACGAGCAAUUGGAGGCCGCUAGAGUUGACUUUGAGGCGACGCAAGCUGCCGCUCAAAAAGCAGCGGCCCUCGCUCAAAAGGCGCAGAGCAACGCCGCUGCGGCUGCCGCUCAUGCCGCUCAAGCCGCGAGUGAGGCUGCGGCGCAAGCCGUCGCCACCAAGAACGACCACGAGGCUCUUCAGAAUACUAUUCAGAAUUCCGUGAAAAUGCAUCCUUUCGCCAAAUUCCUCAUUCGCGAUUCGAUUAAUGUGCAACCGAAUUCCGUCGCUCAGGACGCGGGUCCAGUGGACCAGAGUGGCCCCCUGAAUGGACCGGGCAGCGAAGAAAAUUAUUCUACGAAUUCCUACGAAACUGCCAGUCCCUAUACAACGUCCGCGAUAGCACCCUCGUCCUAUCCAUCAUCGACGUCCUUAGACUACGAUUAUAAAAGCUCGCCAAGGGUAUUAGACUAUGGUUAUUAAAUUUCAUCAAUUAUUAUCAUCAAUCAUUCGCACAUCCGGAGAGAAGGUUAUCUUCAUUUUAGUCGAUUUGAUGCGCCUCGAAAGCGAUUCUUCACAUUCCAUCAUUUGAAUGUUUUUUUCUUUUUUUGAGAGAGAAAAUUCCUUUUUUUACUCAUUUUUCUUUUUUUAAUUCUUCUUUUUACAAAUUAUUCUUUUAAUCGAUUUUUCUUUUUACCAAUUGUUUUAUUAAAAAAUUGUUCUUUAUAUCAAUUUCUCU